CAAAGGUCUACGUCACUUGGCAAAUAAGAAACAGCCGGCAUGCCGUGCUAUAACUUUAAGAGUAUAACGGUUGUUCCGUCAUCAAAGGACUUUAUUGAUAUUGUUUUAUCAAAAACACAAAGGAAAACACCUACAGUUAUCCAUCCUCAGUAUGCUAUCGGACGUAUCAGGCAUUUUUAUAUGCGUAAAGUCAAGACAUGUCAGCAAUUUUUCCAUGACAAGCUUCAGACAAUCAUUACAGAAUUCCCUAAAGUUGAGAAUAUUCACCCAUUUUAUGCGGAUCUUAUCAACGUGUUAUACUCUAAGGACCAUUAUAAACUAGCAUUAAGUCAGCUGAAUACAGCUAAGAACUUGAUUGAUGGCAUUUCUCGAGAUCAGGUUAAAAUAUUAAAGUAUGCAGAGUCUUUAUAUCAAUGUAAAACACUGAAGAGAGCUGCACUCGGAAGGCAAGUUCAUCAUGCAAUAUUUAAUUUUUAGUUAGGAUGUGUACAGUGAUUAAAAGACAGGCAGACAACUUGAAGUUUUUAGAAGAUACAAGACAGCAUAUGUCAAGAUUGCCAUCCAUUGAUCCGGAUACACGCACACUUAUUCUGUGUGGUUUCCCGAAUGUUGGAAAGUCUAGCUUCAUUAACAAGAUAACUCGAGCUGAUGUAGAUGUUCAACCAUUUCCAUUCACUACUAAAUCUCUUUUCGUUGGACAUACAGAUUAUAAAAAUCUGCGUUGGCAAGUUAUUGAUACACCUGGUGUAUUGAAUAGACCACUUGAUGAACACAACACCAUUGAAAUGCUGUCGAUUACAGCUCUUGCACAUUUACAAGCUGCUGUCAUCUAUAUCAUGGAUUUAUCUGAACAAUGUGGAUAUACUAUCCAACAACAAUUGGCAUUAUUUCAAAAUUUGAGACCACUAUUCAGAAAUAAACCGCUUGUUAUAGCCGCUAAUAAGAUUGAUAUUCGACCUUUUGAUGCGUUAUCUGAGGAGGAUAAACGUGCUAUUCAAAGUAUUGUCUAUCGACCAGUUGACAAUGGACAAGACAGUACAACAAUAACAACAAGAGAUCCAGAACGACCUUACUUUGUUGAAAUGUCUACUGUUACAGAAGUUGGUCUGGUAGCUGUUCGUUCAGUUGCAUGUGAUGAUUUGCUUGCACAACGUGUUCAAGCUAAAAUUCGUGCAGCCACUCUUCCAGGCAGUAAUGUGGAUAUCUCUAGUCGGUUGUAUAUUGCUAAACCGAAAUCAGAUGGGGAUAUGACUGAAGUCACCAGUCGUCCUGCUAUCAUUCCUGACGGUGUCUUAGCUAAACAACGAACGCGUAUAUUGAAACGUCUCCAUGCCUCAGCUGCACUACGACCCGACCUGAUACCAACAGAAGAAGAGACUGACCCAUCGAAACGUCGUAAAACAAUGCGUGAUCGUGAGUUGGAAGCUGAUCCAGAUGAAGGCUUCAUUUUGAAUCUCAGGGAACACUGGAAGAUAGCUAAUCCUGACGAGGCGAAUGAUGUGAUUCCUGAGAUCUACAAUGGACACAAUCUUAUCGAUUUAUUCGAUCCUGAGAUUGAAGAGAAGUUGAAUGCUUUGGAGGAGCAAGAGGCUGCAUUCGAAGCGGCUGGAUUAUACGAUGAAUCAGAAUGGCGUAAAGAUGAAAAUGAUCCAGAAAUGAAGAAGAUCAGAGUCACUGCAGCAAAGAUAAGAGAAGCACGAGCUUUGCGUGUUCUGGAGUCUCGUGCUCGUAAACAAGUCCGACGACCACAAGUACCGCGUAGUGCACGUUCAGUUAGUGUGAAUAAAAUUCACAAAGAUCUUGGUGAACUUGGUCUUGAAGUGGAUAUGGAAGAAGAGGGUGAACGUGGUCGAUCAAGAAAGAAGGCAGCUAGAAUCCGUAAUGCUACACCAAAUAAACAUCGUGAAGCAUCGAUUGCACGUGCUUCUGUGGCAAGAUCAACAUCUGGUUUACGCGAUGCAAAAAUGCAUGAAACUGUUAAACGUAUGUCCAAGUUAGCUCAACGUAAGACAGUGACUUUGGCACGCAAAGGUGAAGGUGAUCGUCAUAUACCAACCUUAAAACCGAAACAUUUAUUCUCUGGGAAACGAGGCAGUGGAAAACUGGAUCGUCGUUAGUAUCUAACGCCAAGGCUUUCGGGUACUUUUUUUCUCUCUUACUGAUCAAUCGCCACCACCAACACCACCACGCAUCAGAUGAAAAAUUAUCACCAUCAUAGAACAUAUUUUUGACUGACAAAAAAAAAUAAAUAAUAAAAUUAAUAAUAUUGACUGAAUUUGGAAAUAUAAAACAAAAUGAAAAAAGGGAAGAAAA